AUGUUUCCUGGAGGAGGAGGAGGCGGCGGCGGAGGGGGCGCCGGUGCAAGCCAUUACUUCCUCCAGAGCCAGCAGCAGAUGUUCCAUGGCGCCCUUGAUGCCGAUGGCAUUAGCAUGGAUUCGGCCUUCAUGGGCGCGACCGGAGGCGGCGGGCUGGCGGCGCCCGACACGCACGCGCACAGCAACGCGCUGCUGUACAACCUGUCCGUGCUCAGGGACAAGGUGCAGCAGCUGCAGCCGCUCGUGGGCAUCGCGGUCGGCCACGACGGCCGCGGCCACGUCGACCCCGUGGUGCCCGGCGCCAGCGCCAUCAUCCAGGAGAUCAUCGCCGCCGCGUCCUCGAUGCUCUACGCUUUCCAGCACCUGUGCGGCGGCCUCGGCGCGUCGUUGACAUCCUCGACAACGGAGGCGGCCGUGUCGUCGUCGGCCACGGUGUUCGACACUAUUAUCAUCGAGCUGGACGCGGCGGAGCUGCUAGCUAAGUACACGCACUACUGCCAAGUCUGCGGUAAGGGUUUCAAGCGCGACGCCAACCUGCGCAUGCACAUGCGCGCCCACGGCGACGAGUACAAGAGCAAGGCGGCGCUGGCGAACCCGCUCACCAACAAGCUCGCCGGCGAGGACGCGGCGGCUGCUGCUGUCGAGGCGGCGGGGAGGAGGAACAAGUACUCGUGCCCACAGGAGGGAUGCCGGUGGAACCGGAAGCACGCCAAGUUCCAGCCGCUCAAGUCGGUGAUCUGCGUGAAGAACCAUUACAAGCGCAGCCACUGCCCGAAGAUGUACGUCUGCAACCGCUGCAACCGCAAGCACUUCUCCGUCCUCUCCGACCUCCGCACCCACGAGAAGCACUGCGGCGACCACCGCUGGGUCUGCUCCUGCGGCACCACUUUCUCCCGCAAGGACAAGCUCGCCGGACACGUCUCCCUCUUCGCCGGCCACGAGCCCGUCGUCGUGCCCAUGGCCGGCAGACACGGUAAGAAAUCCUCGUCGACGUCCGCCGCCGAUCAGCUUAGAAACUGCACCGGCGGCUUUUCCAUUACAUGA